CAGCGUUUAGUCACAGAAGGAUGACCCGGCUGCACCCAGAACGCGACGCGUAGUACAGGCCUAAAAUAGUAAUUUCAAAACCACACUCCGUUCUGUCUAGCGUAGCGUUUUUUUUCUUUAGUAAUUGUAAAUUCAUUCCAUCUCUCUACUCUUUCCUCUUUGCCCCUCCUCCUUCUCACCAAGUCCAUCAUCAUCAAAAAUAGUUUCACGCUACUUUCUUUUCAUCAAUCCUUCAAAUUCUUUGUUCUUUCCCGGUGAAAUCGAAAUUACAAUCAAAAUUCACUCCCUGAUCGACUCUCACACUCAAUUUCAUAUGUGAAUUAUGGAUUCCUGAUCCUUACUUCUCAUUUAUGAGAAAUAUUUUUUUUCUGGGUUGGGUUUUGAUUUUUUUCUGGGCGAAAUUCAUGUAAAAAAUCACUCGAAAACCCUUGGUUCUUUGUUUUGGGUGUUAAACAGGGAAUGUCAUCUCGACAGGGUACUCAACAGAGUACGUGGACUCUAGCCAACGCCCACGCCGCCGCCGCCAAACGGAAGCUUGACGAGCUGACUGGCGGCGACUGCCUUUUAGAUGAUGAUUAUGAAUAUUUGUGUAAUAGGAUGCGCACUGAACAGUUUACCGCUUCCGACGUCUCUCGCUUUCAGGUCUCCGACCACCACCCCUCCCGUCACCGUCGCCGCUCCCGAUCAUCAUCAUCGGCUGAUGCCUCCUCCUCCUCCUCGUCCCCUGCUGCCGACGACGACCAAAAGGCUGUCCCUUUUCCCAGUCUCCAAUUCUUUGUCCGGACGAUCAACGGCUCCGGCGGCGGCGGCUUUGGUGGAAGUAAGACCCUCGUCGUCCAUGCAGAUCCUUCUGACACUGUCGGGGCAAUUCACGAGAGAAUUCAACUCCGGACUGGGAUUCCGGUGAGGGAACAGGGCCUGGUUUACCGCGGCAGACAGCUUGACUGGGACAAGUCUAUUGCCGAAUGCAACAUACCCAGGGACGCAACUCUUGAAUUGGUCAGCCGGUUGAGGAGCACCGGCCACCCAACCGCUUGGCGGUGCAUCGACAACAUGAUCACUCGAAUUUUCAGUGUUUACAAGGGGGGCGCUUCCUCCUCCCAAGCUGUGAAAGAUUCGCUCAUGGAAUUCCUCAAUAACAUUCCUAACAAGCCGCCAGAGUCAAAUGAAGCUCAACCCCCUUUGCGCAUUCCCUUUCCCCAACUCAAAGUGGGGCUGGACCAGAAUCCCCUGCCUUACAUUGAGGUAUUUAUUGCGUCAUCGGCUCCAGCCGCUUUGGUAAUGCUUUAUAAGUCCCCUAUUAAGCGAAAUAAAGAUUGUGCUGAAGAGUGCAUUCGAUAUUUUAUUCAGAUUGUUAAGGAGAAAUCCUUUUACCAGAUGUUUGCACCUGUUGUUUUGGAGUUCUGUAAGUUACUGAAUUAUGGGAAUGGGAAUGAUAAUGCUCGUGGGAAUGGGAAUAGUGAGGACCCUUUGUAUGAUGUUUGUCGUAGUUGCUUAGGUACUAUGGUAGAAUCUUCUGGAAUUGGGAAUGAGGAGAGUAAAAUGUUGCCCAAGUUGUCGUCUGUGCCGGAGGUUACGGUCCAAGAUAUAUUUCCUUUUGUUACUGAGUUAGCAGGUAAGUUAUCUCGGGUCUUGGCAGAGGCAAGUACUAGUAAGUUGACCCUUGGACCAAGUGAUGGUGAUGUGCGAGAUUUCGUCGCUUUUUUGCAUCCUUACAGGAAAGCUAUUAUUGACCAAGUGGUCUCUUGGGUUGCAGUUCCGUUUCCUGGUGAUGUUUGUCUUAGAAACAGUACUGGACCUGGUACGUCCCGCAUUGUGCCGUGUUAUGUAGAUGGGAUUAAAUUUCUGAACACGACCCUUUUUGAUUUGUUGGGGAAGAUGGAUAUGUGUCUGAAGAAAAUGGAGGAACAUUUGGAUAGUAAUACUGUUGAUAAAAGGAAAGCCGGGUCUGAGCAUCAUUCACCUCCUGUAAAACUUGCUUGGUGCCAGUAUCUUACCAUUUUGAGAGAACUUGAUGGUUUAUCUAAAAUGUUUAAGGGCGCAGAGGAGAUAUUUUGGUUGCGUAUGAGUGAGAGGAAGGCUGCAUUGUGUAACCUGGUUAUCAGGUUCGCAAAGAGGGAUAGCGAUAAUAUGUGGAUAUCUCGUCACAAGGAAGUGAUUAACUUUGAGGCAAGGAGGCAUCUGGCAAUGCUGUUGUUGCCUGAGAUGAAAGAUGAAUAUGAGGAGCUGCACGAGAUGCUCAUUGAUAGGUCGCAUUUAUUAGCAGAGUCUUUCGAGUACAUUGCAAAUGCAAAUCCUCUCUCAUUACGUGGGGGCUUGUUUAUGGAGUUCAAGAAUGAGGAAGCUACUGGCCCUGGUGUGCUGCGGGAGUGGUUUUUCUUAGUUUGUCGAGAAAUCUUCAAUCCUCAGAAUGCGCUCUUUGUAGCAUGUCCGAAUGAUCAUAGAAAGUUCUUCCCUAAUUCUGCAUCUAAGGUGAACUCAAUGCACAGUGAUUACUACAAGUUUGCCGGCAGGGUGAUAGCCUUAGCCUUGAUGCAUAAAUUACAAGUGGGCAUAGUCUUUGAUCGUGUUUUUACAUUGCAAUUAGCUGGAGAGGCUAUUUCCUUAGAGGACGUCCAGGAUGCAGAUCCAUACUUGUAUAGUAGCUGCAAGCAGAUACUGGAAAUGGAUUCUGCAAUUAUUGAUCAUGAUGUUCUCGGCCUCACAUUUAUUCGGGAAGUUGAAGAGUUGGGAUCCAGAAAGAUCGUCGAGCUUUGUCACGAUGGUCAAAAUAUUGCGGUGAAUAGCAAAAACAGAAAGAAAUACGUCAAACUUUUAAUUGAACACCGGUUCGUCACAUCAAUUGCUGAACAGGUAGCUAAAUUUGCAGAAGGUUUUUCUGACGUGUGCGACAAUACCAGGACAUCCUUUUUUAAAAGCUUAGCUCCUGAAGAUCUCAACUGGAUGCUAAGAGGGAGUGAGAGUGCUAUUUCUGUGGAAGACUGGAAAGCACAUACUGAAUACAAUGGCUACAAACAGACUGAUCCACAGAUACUCUGGUUUUGGAAGAUUGUGGGGAAAAUGUCUGCAGAGCAGAAAAAGGUUCUUCUUUUCUUCUGGACUUCCAUAAAAUACCUACCCUUUGAGGGCUUCAGUGGGUUGGCUUCCAAGCUAUACAUAUAUAAGACUCCUGAAUCUAACGAUCGCCUGCCGUCCUCUCACACGUGCUUUUUCCGGUUGUGUUUUCCUCCAUAUCCUUCUAUGUCUGCCAUGAGGGACAGACUUAAUAUCAUUACUCAAGAGCACGUAGGUUGCAGCUUUGGUACCUGGUGAUGCAUGGAAGGAAUGCAAGGACUUCUGGACUGCUGCCCGCAUAGAGGAAGAUUCUUAGUCAGCUCUUUUGUACAUAAUUAUAAGAAGAAACCUCAUUUUCUGAUUUUGGCUGUAGAAAGUACAUGGAGGUGUGGUCAAGUAGGAUUUACUUCCAGUAACUUAGGGAUUUUUUUGGUCUUCCCUCCAUCAAUUGUUUAUACUUAGCACAGAAUGAUGAAAUAACUUAGGCCGAAAGAAGAAUUAUAACUGCACUUUGCUUUGCCCUUUGUCUGACUUUAGUUUUUUGUUUGCGGUAGAAAUAGAAUAUAGAGGUUAGAGGUAGUGAUAGUUCAUACUGAUCCAAUUAUUAUUUCUCUCCCUUUUGGUGUGCUCUAAGCUUGGGUGAGGCCGUGAGGAUGAUCUUAUAAUCGAAUAUGAUUGGUGGUUCCAGAAUUUUUUGUUUCAGAGUCAACAAUUCCUAACUGCUUAGGAGUUAGGAGUGCAACUUUGUGAGUGUGUACAUUUAUGUGUAGGUAGAAUAUUUGUUAUGGUUUGUGGUGGUGCAAAAGAAGUUGAUAAAUUUUGUUUUAUUUUUUUUAUUUUUUUAUUUUUUUAUUUUUUUUAAAAAGGGCCUCUAUGAUCCUGCACUUUGCCUCUUUGAGGCCAUGAUCUCCACUGCGCAGUAC